UUUGUUUUAUUCAUUUGUUUAAUAUGCUCUGAAUAUAUCGGGUUUUUUGUGUUUUUCUCUAUAUUUCUUAUUGUUCUAUUACAUGCAGGUAGUUCUGUUCAGUCAAGUCUGGAUUGCAGCAGUUCUAACGGGACUGUUCUAACAUGCCAGUGGUUGCACGAUAUAUUUAAUAACACAGAGGCUUAUGUUAAAAUUGACAGCAUAGAUUGGAUUAGAUUCAAGAAUAAAGAACAAGUGAGUGAGUUUUAUACAAAUUGCUCUACAAAUGCUGUGACUAGUUCUGCUUCCUGCACGAUCACGGUCCCACGUACUCUUCUCAGAUGUCUGAGCGGAUUAGAAAUCAACUUCUCUGCUGUCUCCCGGGAAGAAAAUGUCACCAACAUCCUUACGUUUGAACGUUCUCAAGCGGUCCUGUCACCUCCGAGUGCGAUCAGAGCAGUGGCGAUCAGUACCCAUGUAAUAGAUAUUGGUUGGGCGCCACCUACGGACAGUGGUUGUUUUCGCACCAAUUUCUGCGUUGAAUUGCAGUAUAUUUCAGGACUAAAGGAUAAUUGGAGCAAAGAUACAGAUGCAAGUAGGUAUAAUGAGGAGAAUCUUUGGCGUUUGAAUGGGCUUUCCCCUGGCACUCUAUAUGGAAUUCGGAUGAGAGCCAAGAUCGACAUUCAUGAGGCAAAGUAUGGGCCCUGGUCUGAGAAUGUUACGCAGCAAACACUGGAAGAAGCACCAAGGGGACUAGUUGAUGGUAUCAUAUCGAAAAGCGAGAGGGUGGACAGUGACCCGUACAAAAGGAAUGUUCGUUUGAGUUGGAAAGGUCUUGGUGUGGAUAGCAGUUCCGUUUCAUCUCCUUCUUUGAGAUACGGUGUUGUCAUUCGAUCGCUGCAGCGCAACUGGACAACUAAUGGUACAUCUAUAACUAUACCAGAUCUGAACAUGUUCUCAAAAUGUUGUGGAUCGAUACAUGCAUUUAAUAGUGGUGGCAACGGAGAGAGGGCGACAUUUUGCAUACCUGAUAACAGUUCGGUGCCACGAAUUCCAUCAGUGAAUUUCACAUCACAUCCUACAUCGAUCCUUGUAUCUAUAUAUACGCCCAAACUACCGAAUGGGGUCAUCCGAAAGUACGAGAUCAGAUGGAAGGAAGAUUGCUCGACCUGUUUGGACUCCUGGUCGAAUAUGACAUUUAAUGUCACAAGCAAGGAUUGGUUAGCCCCUAACUCACUUAUUGAGCAAGAUAUUUCACUCCUCCAGCCAAGUGCAUGGUACAUAAUCGAGAUAGAGGUAUUCAACAAAGAAGGAAGUUCCAAACGUUCAAGGAGACUGAAGACCGGCCUUAAUGCACCUUCUGCGCCUCCGCGUAAUGUCACGAUCACCACUGUCAAAGAUGAGCCAGAAGUUGUGGAUAUUACCUGGACUUCUGAUGAAAGUGAUGUUAUGGUCUCUGGUUAUCAAAUACUUUAUUGUGCUUUGGAUGACGGUCACCACGGGCACAACACACAUUGCAAUGAUUCUGAGAAGAUGAUCAGGUUCAACAGGUCAGAUGUUGGCGAACACAAUCUAAUCCGGAUCAGUAGCUUGAUCCCAUUCACCAGGUAUUCGUUCCGACUCCAGCCAUUCAACGAUGCUGGUCCUGGCCCGAUCAGCGCUCCGGUUGUGAUAAGAACGCUUCAAGGAGUCCCUUCUCCUCUGGAAGAUGUGAACAUGUCACUGACGUCAUCAUCCGGGUUUGUUGAUUUCACGUGGUCAGAACCUCUACGACCAAACGGCGUAACCUACUACGAAAUCAGCUACAAUGGAAACUCGGUCCGAAGAAACACAACGUUCGUUCAGCUCAAGGUCUACGGUGAUACUGUCUAUGAUGUUGGUGUAAGAGCAUGUAGUACAGGGGGUUUGUGUAGUGCAGCGAUCAAGAAGACAUUCACAACCCCUAUUGGUGCACCAUCGUCGCCACAUCUCGGAAAGAUCAUGCCAAGUGGACCAACAACGAUUAAGGUCUACUGGGACCCACCGGAACACCCAAACGGUCCUAUCAAAGAAUACGUCAUCAAGACACGCCCGUCAUUGAUAGCUAACCCGCAAUUCGAAAAUUUCAAAGUCGUAGAUGUCGACCGGAGGGAGGACGACGUCCCGGUCGAAUGCGGGGAGGAAGUCGGAGAAGACAAGGAGUUUCGGGUCGAAAUCUUUGCUCGCACGUUAAACGUACAUGGGUUAGAACUGGACGGUGAGAGUGAUACUGGAACAAUUGACAUGUGCGGGGCGAAAAAUCACGUACCAGAUAUGGUCUACAUACUUCUCAUCAUUCCAGCACUCAUCUUCGUUGUCCUGCUCUUCACAAUCAUCUACCGCCAGUGGUUUAAGGAGUCUCGAAAACUGAAUAUUUACCUCUCGGCCAUUGCUAACGUUCGGAAGAGGAGCAAGCGCCUCCAGCAAUUACGCAUCCCAAAGCCUAUGGAGCCAGAACGUGAGACAUUCGACAUUAUCAACCAGUGUCCAUCCAAUAUUUACAUCGAAGACAAACUACACAAAGACAAGGAACUCAUUUAUCACCUGCUGGUCACAGAUGGGACAACCAAGAACGUGCCUUCUUCAAGGGGUUACACAUGCAUGACAAAGUACAAGUCGUGUUCGGUCUUAUCAACACGUCCGGAGUCCGUGCGGCAGGAUGUUUGUGACGCCAUCAACGGCAAAGGCAGGUCGAGUGGUAGCAAUGGUUACCUUCCGGUUGGACUCGGCGGUAGGAUAUCGAAGCUCACCGUCCCAUGCGUCGAGUCACUGAGCAAAAAACUAUUGUCGGUGCCGGCAAAUUCUUACCUGACGCAAUCUUUGCCGAGGAUUGAUGUAUUGACAACCCCUUCCCCUUAUCGAGACAAAAAGGAUGUUGGAUGGGAACAUCGAGGUAUGCGGACAAUUGACAAACCGAAAGAGGUUGCAAAGAAUCCACCAAAACCAAUAUAUAGAACUGAGGAUGUGUCUGUGUCUGAUUAUUGCACUCUAACAGAGUUAUAGGAGAGACAAAUAGCCCUCACAAGACUAUUGACAAUCGGGUAUUAACAGUACUGUCUAAAGUUACCAUUCUGAGUUUAUACAUGUAUGUAGAGCAUCGUGAAGUAAGCUGACAAGGUUAUAGUUGGAAAGCGGACUGUGGUUCCGGACUUAACAAACACUAUGAACCAAUCAUAGAAGUGUUACACAAAUACGUCUUAUGUAUGUAUUGACCUGUAACAGGAUGCACGAUACGAUUCACGACCUUUAAGGAAUCCAGUCUUAUGUAACAGUCAGAAUUACUAAAGCAUCUUCAUUCUCCAACGGGCCACAGACCGAUUAUUUAAGCUAUUACGUUAUUUCCAAUGACAUACCAUCUGUCGGUAUGGACUUGCUUUUGUUGUUGUGACUGCAAUACUAAUAGUGAUUGAGUACAUUUCCAUAAGUGAAAUGAGAACUGAGCUCCAACUGACAAAUUCAAAACAAUGUCAAUAAUCAUGGAAUGGCAGCGACGCCCCGAGCUUUGUCACCUAGAACCGUCUAAUUUGAAAUGUUACCUAUAUACGUUCUCACUUCACACAGUCAUCGGCAAUUUCGCCGCCAGGUGCCACCUUGUUCAGCGCUACACAGUAGCAAUAUGAGACAGGGACAUCCUUGGGACACCUGUCCUUCGUUGUUACUAAACUUACAUUGUGACCUUUCAUUUGUGUAACGCAAAGAAAGAUGGUAUGGUCGUACCAUUCAGCGGACCUUAUAGGUACUUUUCGAGUGAACGUGACUCCACUAAAUUGACGUAACGCAAGUAGGUCACAUUAAUCUACUUUGUGUUCACAAAUCACACUAUUCGAAUCGAUGGAGAGAAGCAACGAGAAACACUGGACAGGCUCAAUAUUGGCCACUGGUGCCUGACAUAUCAACUGGUUAUGACAACAAAGUGGAUUUCCUUCAAACCACAGCUUUCGCCAGGAUCGUGGACAGACAGUGUGUGUUUGCGCAUGCUUAGUGUAUCGUUGUGCUUCACUGCGUCUCCGUAUACCGCGUCAUAAACGCAAAAAACGGGCUAUUUUUACAUAUUUUUGGCGCGUCUAUAUUCGACCAUUCUCUUUGUUGGCGAAGGCACCUUUUGUUCUCGUUCAUGACAAAUUAUGACAUCGCUUGCUUUCCAUAGAAAUUAAUUCAAACCAACAGCUUUGCUUCGAUUACAGUUGUAGCGUGUCCAAAAAAAGAUAGAGACGAGAACCUGCAGCUAAGACAGGGUAGGAUAUCCAAAGUGCAAUAUAAAUAUGAAAAUAAAAUAUGUACAUAAUUGAACUUUACAUUUGUUUACAAGUAAUUAAAAUUCUGGCCAGCGUUAAAGGUGACAUUUUUAAUGAUUGGCCUCUUCGUAGACACUAUCAACAAUGUCUUGGAAGAUCGAUUCAAAUGCUUUAGUUUUGGAUAAGUAUAUUUGAGAGACAAUUUUUGCAUUAAUUCAGAAAGCAAACGAACAAAAAAAAAUUAUCUAAAAAAAAAAUCAAUACUUCAUUUUGGUCACAAAGUGGGUAGCUUGUUCAGUAUUCAUCCGCUUAUAAUAUAAGAGGAACAAUGGUUAUCGGUAGGAAAUGAAACUGAAAAAAUGGAAGUCCAUUCGACCAGCAAAGUACGUGUGUAUAAUAGUGUAAACAAUUUCUAUUGACCAGUGCCUAUAAACCUAUAAUUCGUUACUUUCAUAUUUUGAUCAUUAUAAUGUUAAUAUCAAUAAAACGAUCUAACGUGCUUUCACACUACCAUAAUUUUUGUAUUAUUAUUCUAAAUCCAAUUCUUACCCAGUUUUUCUGUAAAUUCCUAUAUGAGAACCAUACUCUGAAUUAUAUCACUCAGGAAUACUUUCACACAAAAUUUUGCACCAUUUUUUGCCAUAGUAAUAAUUUGAACAUUUUAUUUAUAAAUUGUGCAUUUUACAUUUUUGUUUUGAUUUCUUCAAUUCCAUGUAUAUAUGUAUAAUAUUCUAUUUAUAUUUUUUGUAUGGUACACAAUGUGCAGUCAAAUAAGAAAAAAAAGAACGUAUGGGAUAAGUUAUUAAAGUUCAACUUUUCAUCUCAUUCUUUGUUUCAUAUUGGCUUAUCUGUAAUGUUGUACACCUUUUCGCUGAAUCAGAAUAUAAUCAGGGGCGGUGCCAGUGUAUUUGUAUAAAGGGAGAUCAAGACGACCUUAAAAAACGUUCUUUUUUCUCAGUUAUAUAACAGGUUACACGACCCAUCUCGUUUCAAACUCUUUCUUCCCGCUUUUCCUCUUUACUUUCUCAUUUUCUUCCUCUUUUCGUUUUUUUAUCAUUUCAAAAUUUGUAUCACGAUUUUUGAUGAUAAUGAUGAUCGCCCCUGGUUUCUCAAUACUGAUGAU